AUGGAAGUGUUUGUCAAAGAACCAUCGGAGCAUAGUCAUGCACCUAAUCCAGAUCGUGUUCAUGUUAUUCGAUUGAAACAUGAAAUUAAAGCCCGUGGUUCAUCAUCGGAUGAAGCGACCAGCAUUAUAUUAUUUGAUGCAUUACGUAGUAUUCCAUUGAAUGCAGUUCCUGGCUUACCAACGAACAAUGCAUUAAUGCAAACAAUUCGUCAUCAACGACAACCAGUACAACUUGAUGAAAAUUGUCAAUUGCCGUUUGUAUUUCGACUAACUGAUCGUGGAGAGAAUUUCGUCUUAUUUGAAGAUCAAUCUAUGCUGAUAUUUACGUGUGAUAAAAAUUUAACAAUUUUAAAGCAAUGUAAACAUUGGUUUAUGGAUGGUACUUUCAGUGUAUGAUGUCUAUUUCAUAUGGGUCAAUGCUUAUGGCGAGAAUUGCAAACUUCAGGCUUUCAGAAUAAAUACAUCACCAAUGAUAAAUUUCGAAUGAACGUAAAGAAGCUAAUGGCACUUGUCUUUGUACCUGUUUCGGAUGUGGUUAAAGCCUAUGCAGUAAUUGUUGAUGAUUUUGAAGAAGAAGAUCAUCUAUUACUUGAUUAUUUUGAACGAGUUUGGGUUGGACAAAAGCUAGGUCGAGAUUUGUGUAUUAAACGUGGUCAACCAAAAUUCAGUUUGCAACUUUGGAAUAUGUACGAAAGGGUUAUUCAUGAUUUACCAAGAUCAAACAAUUCAAUAGAGGGAUGGCAUCACGCAUUCAACAAUCGAGUAUCGAUUAAACAUCCCUCUAUCGUCAAACUUACUAAAUGUAUUCUACGUGAACAAUCUCGAUUCGAGGUUGAUAUUGAACGACUACGUGCUGGUGCACCUCCACAAAAAAAGAGAAAACUAUAUGCAGAUCUUGAUGCACGUUUAAAAACAGUCACGCUAUCGUAUAAUAUUCAUAAUAUUGAUGAUUAUCUAAACCGAAUUGCAAUGAACUUGAAAAUAGGAGUUUGA